UAUAAAUUAAAAAACCAGUAUCAAAAAUUAUCUUAUGAAACCUGAACUCUCUCUCCAUCUGUUCAUACGUUUCUGACUCUUUUUUGGUUAAAUUGCUUCAGCGGGUGUGGAUCAGGAUCUAAUACUCUAGCUUCUUUCCCAAGGAUUUGGAUCAGGUUGAUUUCACCAUUUGAGGAUAAGUAAAUCUAGAUUUGCAGUGGUCAAACUUGAGUUGGGUGGACUGGUCAGCUCAAGUUUAAGCUUUUGGUUUGUACUUGAACAAGUUGUGAUGCUUCAAUCUCAGCUUGGGGACUCUCAUGGAGGUUUUUGAUACUUCUCCUUUAACAUUAUUAAUCUUUUCUCCGUUGGGUUGGUGCAGAUUUUGGAGUUUUAAAAGUUUGUGUUUCUGUUCUCAAGUUUUGAUCUUUUGCAUAGGCGAAUCUUUGAUUCCGGUGAGGUUAUAGAUUAUUUAGCUGUAGUGAGAGAACAAUAAAAAGGAUUUUUUUUUCUUUUCUGUGUGGUAGAUUUUUUAUUUUUAUAAUAUGGCCAAUAAUAAGAAACCCCGUCUGAAAGACGUAGCACUUCGCCGUUUCCUUUCAGUAGUUUCAGUCACUUUAUUAGGAGUGUUUUUGUUGAUUUUUCUCUUGGGAACAAAUUCAAGAUCGAAGGAUUUUGUUUCGGGUGAACCAGACGAGUAUUUGACCUAUAGUUAUAACCAUUCAAACAUUAACAAGAAAAUCAAUCUCCCAAAGCAAAGUGAAUUGUCAAUUCAGUUGGAGAAGCUAAACCAGAAACCCCCUAGAAACAGAGAUCUAUAUCCAAGAUUACCCAAGAAUCAUAUAACAAUAGUUUUGUAUGUACACAAUAGGCCUCAAUAUCUCAAAGUAGUUGUUGAGAGCUUAUCACACGUUGUGGGAAUAAGUGAAACUUUACUAAUAGUCAGUCAUGAUGGGUACUUUGAAGAGAUGAACAAGAUUGUUAAGAGCAUUAGAUUUUGCCAAGUGAAACAGAUAUUUGCUCCUUACUCUCCGCAUGUCUUUCCCGAUAGCUUUCCUGGGAUCUCACCAACUGAUUGCAAAGAUAAGGGUGAUUCUUCUGAGAAACAAUGUCAAGGGACUUCUGAUCAGUAUGGAAAUUAUAGAUCACCAAAGAUUGUGUCAUUGAAGCAUCAUUGGUGGUGGAUGAUGAACACGGUGUGGGAUGGAUUGGAUGAAACUCGAGGGCAGUCGGGUCAUAUUCUUUUCAUAGAGGAGGAUCACUAUAUCUAUCCCAAUGCAUACCGGAACUUGCAAAGGCUCAUUGAAUUGAAGCCUGAAAAAUGCCCUGAUUGCUAUGCUGUGAAUUUAGCACCCUGUGAUGUGAAUUCAAGAGGAGAAGGUUGGGAUUGUUUGAUUGCAGAGAGAAUGGGAAACGUGGGCUAUUCUUUCAAUCGGACUGUAUGGAGGAAAGUCCAUAAGAAAGCAAGGGAAUUUUGCUCCUUUGAUGAUUACAAUUGGGAUAUAACCAUGUGGACGAAAGUCUAUCCAUCAUUUGGUGAUCCUGUUUACACUCUGCGAGGGCCUAGAACAAGUGCGGUGCACUUUGGCAAGUGCGGUUUGCAUCAGGGCCAGGGGGAGAAGAAUGCUUGCAUUGACAAUGGCGUAGUACAUUUUGAUGUGGAUAAUGUGGAUAAGGUUGCAAACAUCAAACCGGAAUGGGAAGUGCGAUUCACAGAAAAUCAAUCUGGGUAUAAAGCUGGAUUCAAAGGUUGGGGAGGCUGGGGAGACGAAAGAGACAGGCAGUUAUGUUUGAAUUUCGCUCGGAUGUACCUGCUCGAAGACACUAACACUUCAUCCAGCAAACUGUAAGAGUUGAUGGUCAGCAAUUUAAACAGCUGUUGUAAGUUUAUAAGAUGUAGAUUAGUUUUGUUGCUUAAUUUAUACAUAACAUAUCAAGCUUGUUGCUUGUAAAAUUUACAGCAGAUAGAUUCUUAUAUUGUUUCUCCAAUAUAUUAUUUGAAAAGAAAUUUGAAAGUCUAUCUCUGAGAUGAAACCCCAACAUUGAUUUUCUCCAAUAUAUUUAAAUGCUUUGUUCCAUGUGUUA